GCCUCUUACCGGCGGAGGCCAGCCUAGACACGGGCAGCGGCAAGGAGCGGAGCAGGCAGCGGGACGCGGCGCAGGAGCGUGAGGCGAGGCGACGGAGCCGGGAGAUCGAUGCCAUGCUAGCCCGGGAGAGGCGCGCGGUCCGCCGGCUCGUCAAGGUUCUUCUCCUCGGUGCUGGGGAGAGCGGAAAGUCCACGUUCCUUAAACAGAUGCGCAUUAUUAACGGGAAAGAGUUCGAUCAGAAAGCACUACGAUUCCGGAACACAAUCUAUGACAACAUUCUCAAGGGCAUGCGUGUGCUGCUGGAUGCCAGAGACAAGCUGGGCAUCUCCUGGCAGAGCUCAGAAAACGAGAAGCACGCCAUGCUGCUGAUGUCAUCCUGGGAGGGUUGCCAUGGCACCGGGGGGGUGGAGCCAGGGGACUUCCAGCUGUACGUGUCGGCGCUCAGCGCCCUCUGGAGGGAUGGAGGGGUACAGCAGGCGUACGCACGCCGCAGCGAGUAUCAGCUGAGCGAAUCAGUCAAGUACUUCCUGGAUAACUUGGACCGGAUUGGUCAACUGGGGUACUCCCCCAGCAGACAGGAUAUCCUGUUAGCCAGGAAGGCCACAAAGGGCAUCGUGGUUCAUGACUUCAUCAUCAAGAAGAUCCCGUUCCUGAUGGUGGAUGUGGGAGGUCAAAGGUCACAGAGGCAGAAGUGGUUCCAGUGUUUCGACGGCAUCACCUCCAUCCUGUUCAUGGUGUCCUCGUCUGAGUACGACCAGGUCCUGAUGGAGGACCGCAGGACCAACCGUCUGGUGGAGAGCAUGAACAUCUUUGAGACGAUCGUGAACAACAAGCUGUUCCUCAAUGUGUCCAUCAUCCUGUUCCUCAACAAGACAGACCUGCUGCUGGACAAGAUCCGCUCUGCCGACAUACGCAAACACUUCCCUGAGUACCGGGGAGACCCCCUCAGGCUGGAGGACGUCCAGUCGUUCCUGGUCCAGUCUUUCAACCGUAAGCGUCGUAACCGGGGGAAACCACUCUUCCACCACUUCACCACGGCGAUCGACACAGAGAACAUCCGCUUUGUGUUCCAUGCCGUCAAAGACACCAUCCUGCAGGAGAACCUGAAGGACAUCAUGCUGCAGUGACCCCUGACCCCCACACGACCCCCACACAACCCUGACCCCAUACUGAACUCCCCCCCUGCUGACCUAAACCAAGAACCACUAACUAUUGAGAGAGGGGUGGGAGAGGGGGGAGAAAUGACCUUUUUCUGAUGGCCCUUCAGGGUACGAUGUCCCAGUAUACUCCCUGAGAGAGAGAGAGAAUUUUGAUCAUAUGUGAUGCACAAGUUACACAAAUCGUCUUUCACAUGAACUUUCACAAGAACAAGAGAAUCCCUCUCUUUCUCUCUGUCUCUCUGUCUCUCUC